CUAACACAUAGAUUCUUCGUCCCUUUAUUUGUAAUAUUUGUUUCUGUACACAUCGAUUUUAUUCAGACUGGAGUUUUAUAGUUUUGAAAAAUUUCAGAAGUUUUAGCUAAAUCCAUAGACAGUGAAGAAAAUUCUUAACUUGAUUUUAGCGAUAUUUUCAUAGAAGCAAAACCAUGACGCAGAGCUAUGACUUCGAUGUCAUUCUGGUGACCUCCAGUGUGCCGAUUACCCGGAAUUCGGCUAGUUUUAGCGAAGGUGGAAGACCCAUCUACUCAGUGCGGUUGUUCGAGGACUUUGAGGAGCUGUCCUUGGAACGGCUGUUCGUGGAUCAGUUUCCCGCAGAUAAGUUGGGUGGUUUUACGGCCAGUCCCUGCGAGGUGAUCGGUUCGCUGACCUCUAGGGGCAUAGGUGUAACCCUAAAGAAGAACGAUGAGCUGAUAGGAUCCGGCACGGGCAUGCUGAGCUCCUCCAUUCUGCGACAGCUUACAGAUCCCUCCUUCUCGGUUACCCAGCAAAUUGUGGUGGAACUGACCAACGGCAAGAAUAAAGUUGGUGAGGUGGAGCUACUCUUGAAAAUCAGUGCCGAUUCUCCGGACAUCAACCGCGGCCUGAUUCCAUUUGGCUGCUACGACGUGUGCAAGCCUGUGGACCAUUCGAUCAACAAAAGGGACAUUAUCUUCACCCUGGGACGAUCUGGAAAGUGUCCAACCAAUGCCUGCAUCACGGAUGAGCGCCUGAUGUCACAUGCCGGGGCACCCUUCCAAUGUCCUCAUGUGGCGGCCGAGAUGGAGGAUAAUAAAGGUGGUGCAACCACCAGAUGUGGCUGCUACCUGGCGGGGAUGCAGGUGCCACAGGACGACAAGGAGGCGAAGAAGCGAGAUCGGGCUGCCCUCAAAAAGCUGAUUGAUGAACUGGGUCUGGACCAAAUCAAGGUGCCCAAUGCGCCGUGUUCGCAUGAGAAGUCUCGUCGCUGGCAUUGUCAGUGCAGGUCAUCUGGUCCUAUUACCGACACCACCUCCUGUGACAUCAAUGAGUUCGAGGCGGAGAAGCCUCCGAGGAAGCGAAAGGCCUUAUCCUUGACCGCCUCUCGGGAGCAACAGGCACGUCGCAGGAUAAUGGGCUCGUGUCCCGUGAAAGAACCUGAACUCACACAUCAGGCCUAUAAGCCACCGGUGCUCUGCCAGCUCUGCCAAUCGGACAUCAGUUGGCUGCCCAAGAUCUCGGCUUGUCCCUACUGCGGCUACAAGACCUUCGAGGACAUACAUGCCAGUGAGGAGCCCUAUGAUCUGACGGCCACAGCCCAGCAGCUUUUGAGGGACUCGCUGCGCAAGAAGCCCUGUGAACUGGCUUCGUCUGACUCUUUAGGCGCAGAUGAUGAGGCAGCGGGCGACAGGGCGAGGAAACACCGAGUAACCGAUGAUCCCAAUGCGCCCAAGCAAUGUGAUUGCCUGGGCGGCCAGCCCUGCACUCGCUGUCGCAUCCGCAAACUCUGCGAGAAUUUCUUCCAGGACAACGAAAACAAGGUGCAGCCUCUGGCACAGGCCCAAAAUGAACGGGCAUCCGUGUCCAAGACCAAGUCCUCGCCGGAACAGAAUCAGCUGAGGAAGAGCAAUUCGGAUACAUCACAGCGUCGUGCCCAAUUGAUCUCGAUCUUCACGGAGAUGCGUAAUAUGUAUGGCAAGAAGAAGGAAGCCGAUGAGGCGGAUGCAGUGGCUCAGGAGCUGCACAAGGAAUGUGAAGCCGCCUGCCGGAAUACCAAAACAGCCAAGGCCCGCAGAAGGGCCAGGAAAUCACUGCAGAAGGCUCUUAACGAGAUUGACAAGGCCUAUCCCUCGCCACCCAAAGUGCGAGCCAAAAGGAAGUCCAUUCACCACAAGAAGUCCAGAUGCUACACCUUUCUGAACCUCAAGAAGCAGCCCAAGGACUCUCGCAUAGGACACCUUGACUGCAUCUCGGACAGCAAAUACACGGGCUAUUGUAAGAUCCCCAGUCACAUGGGUUGGAUGUGGACCAAGAGCGAGUUGGCGCGCCACAAGUCCUGGCGUCCGGGAGCCAUUGCCCGUCCCAUUCGCCAACUGAUGACCUAUUUCCUCAGGGACUAUCCAGUGGAUAAUCUCUGCCUGUCGCGUUACCACUACCGCCGUCGCAAGUGCCGCAAGAACAAGGAGGAGGAGCCCUUGGUGCAGCAUCCCACACUGCACAUAAGUCGCAAGGGUGAUGAGUACAUCAUCACACUGCGUCCCUUGAAGGACCCCAAAAGCCUGGCCUCCAGUGCCAAUCCCUAUGCGAGCAUGAAGCCCGUGGUCUUCCGCAUCACCAAAGAUCCCGUGGCGGCAGGACUUCGCCAGAUUAGAGUGGCCCUGCAGGACAAGGGAUUCGCCCCUUGCACUUGUCGUCGUCCGGUGGCCAGUUGUUUCUGCCGGAGUCACAACGACAAGAAGCGCCUUCAGUACGAGUUGGAGAACCUGUGUCACCAACGAGGAUGGCCCAGUAACUCCGAUUCCUUUGUCUACUCCCCGUAUAGUGAGGAUGAUGACAGUGAUCGGGAGUACGAGUUUGGGGUCACUCCACCCGCGGGCGUUAUAAAACCGGAGCGUCUGAGGAAACCGGACACUGCCCAUGUGGAGACCCAGUAUGUGGACCACGACUGGGCCGCACCCACCAUGUAUCCGCAUCCGGCCAACAUGCUGGUCCAGUACGGCGCCUGUGUGAUGGGCGAGCGCAAGAAGAAGUUCCCCUGGCUCUACGGAAAGGGCAAUAUCCACGCCCCUCCGCCGAAGCCUCUGAUGAAGAAUCCGCCCAAGAAGAAGCCGCGCAAGCAGCUACCUUUCCGCAACGUUGGCGGCUACGACAAUCCACGUCGUUUCGAUGAUCCCACCCCGCUGAACAGACCUUGGCACCGGUCCAGCUCCCCGGGUUACGUGCAAAUGUACUGACUUUCAGACCAACAACUUUUAAAUCUCAAAAUGAAAGAUGAAGACUUUGGCUCCCUAAAUAAAGCUUAAAAUAUUAAAAUAUA